ACACGUGUUUGGUUCCAAGUUUACUACUACCUCUCCGCUCCUAGGGUUUCAAUCUCCACACUCUCCACACCAAUCUCCUCUCAAUUUUUUCAUUUUUUCUCAAAACAUGAAGGCAUCAAUGAAGUUCCGUGAAGACAAGAAACCACUCUUCCGCGCCAAGAUCCCUCUAAGCAUCAUCGGCCUCCCUUUCCAAUCCGGAAUCGUCGCCGGAGAAUCCAAAGAACUCACCCUAAACCUCUCCACCUUCUUCGAAUCAGGCCCUUCUCUCAAAAUCGCUUACCGUCCCAACGACUCUUACAACCCUUUCUCCCUCAUCGUCAAAACCGGAACCGGCUCCUUCGGCUCACCAAUCUCAACCUCAAUGCUAAUGAGCGCAGAGUUUAACCUCCUCGGUCAACGGAACCCCACCUUCAUGAUCAACUUUAAACCCCAAUUUGGCGACUUCUCAGUCAAGAAAUCUCAUUCUUCGAGAUUGGACGGUAAUAAUCUCAACGGAUCUGUCUCGGAGGAGGAUUCGUCGAUUGAGAUUGUGGAGUCUUCGGCGACGGUGACUCAGGGAGAUAUCGCGGGGCUGUUGUCUGGUGUGGAGGUUGCGGCGAGGACGAGUUUGCCGGUGAGGGGACGAGCGGUGGUGAAUUUUAGGUGGGGGGUUAGGGUUCCGACGGAGUUUGAUCGGACGGCUGUGGUUUCGCUGAGGAGGUUUCCUUUUUUGGUGAUGGAUAAGAUCGGGAUCGAACACGUGGACGGUGGUAAAGAGGUUAAUAAUAAACCCACGGGGGAUAGUGGUGUUGAUGUGGGGAAGGUGUGUUUGUUUAUGGAGGAGCUUCGGUCGGAGAAUAGAGAGUUGAAGAGAGCUGUUGAGGAUCUUAGGGGAGUGAUGAUGACGUCAUCAAACGUUUCGGUGGAUUAUGGUUCUCACUCAUCAAAGCAACGUGAAGGUGAGAGGAGCAGCAAUGGUAGAGCGAGAGGUGAUGUGCGGAGGAGCAGCGAGAGAACGGCGUCGGAUUGUGGAGGGAAGAAAAGCAAGGGAGAGGGUGACGUGGCGGAGGAGCUGAAGAAAGCCUUGAAAGGAGCUGCUUGAGAGGUGAACAAAACUUCACUAGAAUUGCAUUUUGAUUCGUCCUUUCUUAAUUUGUCUCUGGAAUUUGUAUAUAUAUAUGCGUUAAGUUACUACUGGAUGUUGGGAUUAUCUUCAAAACUUUGUUUUGGAUUUUGUCAAUUCAGUUGUAAGAGUUUUAGUAUGAGAUUAUGUUUUGAAACUAGAUAUUGCUUGAUUUGAAUCAGUAUAAUAUGUUGGCAGUGAGCUAUGAGCUUGAUUGUAUAUAGAAGGGGCACGUUUGUUUGAACUAAAAG